ACAAAACAUCCAUCCCGCGGCCGCGUGACGCGCAUCUGCUUCCGAAGCACCUCGGCUUACGGCUUGCUGGGCGUUCGGAAGCUGCGAGAUCAGAGCGACUGACGGGUGCACGCUUUUUGCGCCUUCGCUGCUAUAACAAGAUAGAAAGACGGCGUUGGGCAAUCCGUGCUCGCAUCUGUGCUUCGCCUCUUGUGCCGCCUGUCCUUCCCUUUCUGUCGUGAGCAGUUGGUAUGUUUGGGACGCUUGCUCGCACUCGAGCGUUUGCAGCCGUCUCUUCGUCCUCUGCCGUAUACACUAUCCCGGUUCUUUGCCGAGGAUCAACAGCUGCAGAUACUUUCAAGAUGGCACCUCAGAAGCGGAAGAGCUCUUCCUUGCCUGCGGGCUACCGUGAGGACAACACCAAGGGUGCUAUGCUCCGGUAUGAGGACAGCCUGCCACGAUUACCCGUUCCAACACUGGAGGAGACCGCGAAGAAAUACCUGAAGUCAUUGCAUCCACUGCUGAGCGAGACGGAAUACGCACUGAGCAAGAAGGCCGUCGAGGACUUCAUCGCACCCGGUAGCUUUGCACAUACGCUACAGCAAAGAUUGCUCGAGAGAAGAGACAACCCGAAGUUCAAGAACUGGCUGUCAGAAUGGUGGAACCAUGCUGCCUACCUUGCUUACCGCGAUCCAAUCGUUCCAUACGUGUCGUACUUUUACAGCCACCGCGAUGACCGGAAACGAAGAGACCCUGCCAAGCGAGCUGCUGCCAUCUCGACUGCGGUCUUGGAGUUCAAGCGGCAAGUGGAUGAGUGCUCAUUGGAGCCUGAGUACAUGAAGAAGCUGCCAAUGGCCAUGAGCUCCUACGAAUGGAUGUUCAACGCGUGCCGCAUUCCGGCGAAGCCUGCAGACUACCCUGCGAAGUAUCCUGCGAACGAACAUCAGCAUAUCCUUGUCAUCCGCAAGAAUGCCUUUUACAAGGUACCCCACCAUCACAACGGCAAGCAGUUGACCACGAAAGAGCUGGAGCAACAGUUCCAACGUGUGUAUCAGAUGGCUGAGAAGUCGCCUGCGCUUGGUGUGAUGACCACUGAGAACCGCGAUAACUGGACUGAGAUGCGCGAGAGACUGCUCAAGACGAGCCCGGCCAACAGCGCUGCCCUCGAAACUAUCCAGUCCGCCUCGUUCGUUGUCUGCUUGGACGAUGCAAAGCCUGUGACUCUGCACGAACGGUCUCACCAGUACUGGCAUGGCGACGGAAGCAACCGCUGGUUCGACAAGCCGAUUCAGUUCAUCGUCAAUGACAACGGAACUUCCGGCUUCAAUGGCGAGCACAGCAUGAUGGAUGGAACGCCUACGCACCGCCUGAACGACACUAUCAUGGAUUGGAUCUUCAACAACAAGCUCGACUUCGACCAGCCGGAUGUCCGAUCAGACUUGCCUAACCCGCAACCUAUCAAGUUUCAGCUGAACGGCGAGAACUACGCAGACAUCGCGCUCGCCAUGACCCACCAUGUCGGCCUAAUGACGCAGCAUGAGCUGCGUGUGGAGGCGUACCAAGGCUAUGGUAAAGGCUUGAUGAAGAAGUUCAAAUGCUCCCCAGAUGCAUACGUGCAGAUGAUCAUCCAGCUGGCGUACCACAAAUUUUACGGCAAGAAUAGGCCGACUUACGAAUCGGCGGCUACGCGUCGCUUCCAAGAGGGCCGUACCGAGACCUGUCGGACAGUCAGCGAUGAGAGCGUGGCGUUCUGCGAUGCCAUUGCGCACCCGCUCGCCACCGACGCAGAGUGCCGCGACCUGUUCCGCAAGGCCAUAAAUGCGCACGUGCAAUAUAUCACUGAUGCCUCGGAUGGCAAGGGUGUGGAUAGACAUCUUUUCGGCUUGAAGAAGCUGAUCAAGGAGGGUGAAGAGGUGCCGGACUUGUACAAGGACCCGGCGUACACGUACAGCAGCACGUGGUUCAUCAGCUCGUCGCAGCUGUCGUCGGAGUACUAUAACGGAUACGGCUGGUCACAGGUGGUAGAUGAUGGUUGGGGCAUGGCCUACAUGAUCAAUGAGAACAGCGUCCAGUUUAACAUCGUAAGCAAGAACCUGGGCUGUGAGCGCAUGGCUUUCUUCCUCAAUGAGGCAGCGGGUGAUAUCAGAGAUAUCAUGUUGCCAACUUUGGAGACCAAAGCGAAGUUAUAAGAUGUGUGUCCCCAUUCUAUCGAAUACGGAGAGUUCUCCGGCAAGGUGUACAAUAUGUACCUUUCUGCGCAUUGACAGGUACGCGAAUGGCCGUGGCCGCCUGCGGACGCGUUAGAUUCUUUUUACAACUAGCAUGCAAUCAUGCUUCACUGGCGAGCGCGUAUGGCGAACCGCUCAUAUCGUAUCAAGCAGCACUCGCAAGGGCAAUGGCAGUCCUGGGAUGAUCAAAGACGGCACGCCCGCAGUACGCAGAGGGCUGCUGUCUGCCUGAGCUCAUUCAACACGGUUCGGGCGUGAGGCUGAAUUAACCAGGGCGACGGCGGACUCGAUAAUAUAGAGUGUAACUGCUGUUCGUCGAACAACAAUCUGUCCAUAACUGCUGCAGCAUCAGACCACCCCCGCAGCGCCCAGCUUCCUUCGCCA